CACCAAAAUGGCACCACCCCCCGCCAAGACUGACGACGAGAAGACGCACCCGCCCGCCGCUGCCAGCUUCGACGCCGACGCCGAGCUCGUGCCCCCCGCUCCGCGCGACGCGACCGCGCCCGGCGUGGCGCGCAUCGAGGCCGUCGCGGCCGUGUGGAAGACGUGGGAGCGGUGGUUCUUCUGGCUCGCGCUGUUCCUCUUCUGCUACUACCGCGGCCUCGACGGCAUGACGCGCCCCACGUUCCAAGCGUUCGCCGUGUCCGAGUGGAAUGUCGCCGGGCAGACUGCCACGCUCGCCGUCAUCCGCGCGUGUAUCGGUGCUGCAAGUCAACCAGUGUACGCCAAGCUGUGCGACCACGUCGGACGCCCGUUCGUGCUCUUCAUCUCUACGCUCUUCUUCCUCCUCGGCACGGUCGUGUGUGCCGCCGCGCAGAACUUUGGGAGCUAUAUUGCCGGCUUUGUGAUCUACACUUUCGGCUUUGGAGGGCAGAACAUGCUCAUCUUUGCCGUCGCGUCCGACUUUUCGUCGAUGCGCUCGCGCCUCAUCUUCCUGCACGCGCCCUCCGUCCCGUUCCUCAUCAACACCUGGGUUUCGGGCAACGUCGCGCAGAGCCUGAUGAACACCACCACCUGGCGCUGGGGCUUCGGCAUCCCAGCCAUCAUCGACCCGUUCACGACCUCGCUGGUGUUCGUGCCGCUGCUGCUUGGCCUGCUGCGCGCCAAGCGCCAGGGCCGACUCGAGGGCAUCCGCUCCACGCCGCAGCUGCUUGCGUCGCCUGCCAACUGGCUCGACCUGCUCAUCAAGGUCGACUUUAUCGGCCUCGUACUCAUUGCUAGCAGCCUGGCGCUCAUCCUCGUCCCCCUCACCCUCGGCGGUGGGAACGCAGCCAAGUGGCGCACUGCGCCGGUGCUUGCGCCGCUUAUCGUCGGCCUGACGACCACCCUCCCGGGUUUCAUCAUCUGGGAGGCCAAGUUCGCCAAGCACCCCAUGCUGCCCAAGAAGCUGCUCAAGAACCGGCACAUCCUGUGCGGGCUGGCCAUCGCGCUCUUCUCCAUCGCCUCCAGCUCGACGCAGGGCUCGUACCUCUACUUCACCCUGGUCGUCGCAUUCGGCAAGAGCGUCGAGGCGGCGACGCGCGUGCGCAACAUCACGUCGUUCGUCUCGACCAUCGUCGGCAUCAUGGUCGGCUUUGCCGUGCGCCACUUCCGCCAGCUCAAGCCCUUCAUCAUCGCCGGCGCGGUGCUGUACAUUGUUGCGUUCGGCCUGCUUAUCCGCUACCGCGGCGGGCACUCUGUCUCCGACUUUGCCGGCCUCGUCGGCGGCGAGGUCGUGCUGGGCGUGGCGAACGCGCUGAUCCAGUACCCUGCCACGACGGCGCUCCAGGCCGUGGUGCAGCACGACAACAUGGCCAUCGUGACGGCCAUGUUCAACGCUUGCUUCCAGGUCGGCGCGGCCAUCGGCUCGGCAAUGGCAGGCGGCAUCUGGACCAACCUGAUGCCGCGCAAGCUGCAAGCGGGGCUCGAGCGCGCGGGCAUCCCCAACGCCGACAAGCUCGCGCUCAGCGUGUACGGCAACCCGAUCAAGUUUAUCGCGCAGUACAAGGUCGGCACGCCGGAGCGCGGGGCCGUCGACGGCGCGUACCGCGACGUGCAGCGCUACAUCUGCAUUGCGGGUAUCUGUGUCGCGGUCAUCCUGUUCGGGUUUACUUUCGGCCUCGACAACCCUCGCCUGGGGGACAAGCAGACCAACGACGAGGCCGAGCGCAGCGACUCGGACGAGGCGAGCGUCGAUGAGAAGGCCAAGGUGGUCAAGGCCUAGUGGACCUAGUUGGGUAGGGCAGGGUCAAGGCAGGCUUUAGUAGUCAGGGUGGCCAUCCCGCUAUGCAUCUUACAGUAUGCGCCG